AUGUCUGCCUCCAUGGUGAGAGCGACCGUCCGAGCGGUCAGCAAAAGGAAGAUAUUGCCCACAAGAGCCGCAUUGACUCUGGUAAGUAAUGCACCGUGUACGUACACUCACGGAAACACACUUUUGUCUAUCAAAUGCCCUCCUUUGCGGGAUUUAUGGCGUUUUAACUCGCUGCUGUUUCGUCGCCUCACCGUUACGUGAUCGUUAGCUUAGCCUGCUAACCACCUUUAACUUGAAAGUUAAACGUAGAACAGCUUGUUCCGCUUCUUGUAACCUCAACGUUAUUGUCUCGUUAAUUAACUUACAAUAGCUCCACCGGAGUUGUUAUGUAAGUGUUGUAAUGGCGUUAGGGCGUAAGAACGUAACCAUUCCGGGGCUUAAUAGAUGCUGUUCCCUCAGACAGGCGUACUAAGCUUCCGUUUGGUAAUGUGCCAUGAGUUACUGUGUUUCAUAAAACUGACCGUGAACAAUCAUUAAGUAGUUAAACACGGUGAAGAAACUGCGUCAGGGCGCAGAAUUAUUGUUCUACAGCAUCUGUUCAUGGUGUAACGUAAACCAUUGACGGUCGGGCAUGUUACAAUCAAUCAAGCUGUUGAUUUUACUUAGGGUAUAGACAAGAUUUCUUGUUCCUAACCGAAGUAUUUUAAUGGUGUACAAAACAAACUUAACUAAAGUAAAGCAGAUGUUAGUUUUAAUGACUCUUAGCUCAUCCAGUGACUAAGGCUAUAAGAUUGUAUUUUUAGUAUUUGCACUUCUUAACAUCCUAAUAUGCUUUUUAAUAUCCAUUUUUUAGCUGGGACAAUAAUGAUGUAUACACAGUCAGCCCUUGUUGGCAUAAUAUAAAAACUUGAGCUACAAUGAAAUUCACGAUGCUGUAUUUCUUUACAGUUGCAGCCCCUCUGUCUAUGACAUCCUUAACUUGGUCGCUCACCAAAGAUAUUUCAUUAUGCUCUCUUAUGAUUUCCUCCUCAAUCUUACUGCUACUCUUCACUGUUAGAUGUCUAACACAGGAAAUCACACUGAAAUAGAUCAUGUGGAGGAAAACUCAUUUGUGAUUCAGUUUGGCCGUUACUAAAAGUGCAGAGUCAUGGUGUCCUUAUUUGGUGGGAUAAAGCCUCUCGAUCGGGAAUUUGUGAUAGUGAAUCUCAACAUGACGCCCUCAUCUUACAACGCUGCGUCACAUGAUAAUGUUUGAGUAAGGUGGUCGGAGCUGAUAAAGGUCAGAUUACGCACAAGGAACUACAUAUUGUUUCCUUUUAAGGUUUCUGCUGUAGUUAGUUUAUUUAUCUGUAAGAGCAAUUGUGCACAGAAAUGCAUCAAGCAGAACUGAAGACCCUGAUAUAAUAAAAGUUUGUAAGCUUGGCCUCCUUUCCUUAUCAUGUAAAAUUGAAUGAGUUAUUAGCACUUGAAUAAAGUCACAAGAAUUUCAGAUCCAGUCAAAAAUAAAAGCACAGCUAUUAUAAGAGUGGCAUUGACCACAGUUUGCAAUACUGUUGUGAGACAAACUCAGCUUUGGCACGGUUUGUGUGUAUUGUCCAGCUUUUUGGCAUCUGCUGCCCAGUUUCAUGCUGAAAACAAACUUCAACUUUAAGGGUUUACACCAUGUAGCAAUUUUGUCCAUCAGAGUCUCAUUACCAGCCCCACAUUGAAAGCUUUAACACUCCAUCACAGCUGAAGCCUAAAAGGUUUUGGGUCUUUAUUUUGCUGAUUGCAGUUUCUUAUCGACAACAAGCUGUAUUGUAGGUCCCCGAAGUAUUAACUCAUUACAGUGUGGACAAAUGUAACAUAGGAACUCAAAUAGAACCAGGGUUCUUCUUGCUGUAGAGCACUGCAGUUACUUGAAGUCCAUGUAUGUUAAAGCUCCAAACAGUGACCUUUUCCCUCCUGGUUUCUUUUCUCAGACUCCAUCAGCUGUGAACAAGAUCAGGCUUUUGUUGCAGGAUAAGCCGGAAUAUGUAAGUGACUGACGCCCAAACAUUUCCUGAAACUUGAUCUCACAGUGUACAGAGUUGCUCUCUUUCUGUUUUGGUAGUUGUAGCAGGGGUCUGUUUUGUUUUGGAUCUCGGAUCUUAAAGAAAGAGACACGUGCCCUUCUCUUUAGGUUAUAAAAAAAAAAAAAAACUUUUUCAAACUUCUGUCCCAGCUUUGCCUAUAACUUGUCACUUAACUUAUACUGGCCUUUUAUACAUGUCAUACAUGUGAAACUUGAACACUAACAGCUUUAAACUGUUGACUUCAGUCAUUGUUAGACAACAUCUGAUCUGAACUGAACGGUUUCUAUUCUAGCUGUCUGAUCCCAACACAUCUGCUGCUCCAGUCUCCCUGAAGUCCUGCAUAUAUGUUCACAUAUAGGGGACAAAUAGAUUUGGAUAUAAAGAACAAAAUUUCUUGUGCUUUCAAAUGUCUCUUUUUAGUAUUAUCUAUGUGGUUCUUUGUAGAUCGGUCUGAAGGUGGGAGUGAGAACACGUGGUUGUAAUGGACUGACUUACACACUCGACUACACAAAGGACAGAGACAAAUCUGAUGAGGAAGUGCUGCAGGAUGGUAAGCUGCGUGUUGUUGCAUCAUCCCUUUCCCCUACUUUCAUUUGUAACUAGUUCAACUUUGACAUCUAUUGUCUAUUCGUUUGUAAUUUAAAACAUAAACCUCCUCUUGUUUUUGUAUUAGUCUGUACAGGGCUUGAAAUUUAGUAUAUGUAACGAGCUGUAGAAUAAUCAGCCUUCCUCUUCCUCUUUAUGGAUAACUUUCAAUGUUUGGGAUACAAGGACAGGGCAAACCGCCACUAGGUGGUGCUCAAGUUGGAGCUGUUAGAUCUCCACAUCAUGGUUUUAGAGGAAGUGUGCUCUUGUGCAAGUUAAGGGCCAUAAAGAGCAGUUUUCUCUUUUUUGAUAGCGAUAAAAUCUAAAGUAUGUUUAUGUUGGACUUCUGGAGUAAUGACAGCUCUGCUCCCACUCUCUUGCAGGUGUGAGGGUGUUUAUAGCGAAAAAGGCUCAGCUCACUCUUCUGGGAACUGAGAUGGACUUUGUGGAGUCAAAGCUGUCAAGCGAAUUUGUCUUCAACAACCCCAACAUCAAGGGCACAUGUGGCUGCGGAGAAAGCUUCAACAUCUGA